AUGCUGCACCCCGGAUGGCGCCACAGAGCACGGGACGGAAGCCCCCAGGCCAGCGGUGCGGUGCAGCGGAGACUGUGGGAGCGCCUGUUUGAGCUCUGGAGCGCGGUGCCUGGGAGGAGGGGCUCCCCACCCCAGCCCUCCAGUGCCGGAACCUUCUGCAAGGCACUGGGGCAGCCGGCCUUGUGGCCACAAGGAAGCAAUGCCAUGGGGGCCAAGGCUGAGGAGAGACCGGCAUCAGACCUGCGUCUUCCGUCUUCCGAGGAAGCCUUUGAGCACGUCUUGGAGGAUGUGCCUACUGGUACCCAGACGCGGGCGAGGGGCGCAGACCACCGCACCGCACCGCGGCGCACGCGCACACGCUCGCCCAGCGCCCGAGGAAGGCCUGGAAAGUUCCACCGGGUUCCCGAGACCAAGGUUGGUAGGCGCGGAGGCGGUGGCGAACGCGUGCGUGCCGAGCGAGCCUCCCACGGGCUGCUCCGGACCGUGUCCGUCCGCGACCGGCAGGCUCGGGGACCGAGAGGCCGCCCGGGAGGGAGGGCGCGGGCGAGCAGGCGGGCAGCCCCGCGGGGGCGCAGGCGCGGGCGCCCGGAGGGGCGGGGCGGGGCCUGGCCGGGUGGGCGGGGCCCGCGGUGGGCGGGCCGGGCCGUCUGCGCAGCUGCCAGAGCCUUUAAGCCCGGCUCGCGCGGUCGCACGGUGCUUUCGCCGCCCGGCAGCCGACCGGCCCCGGUCUCCUCUCGUUCCCCGCGCCCUCGGCGCCUCGCGACCCCCAGCCCGCCCCGGCUCGACUCUGCGCCGCGAUCCCGGGCCAUGCCCCGCUACGAGUUGGCUUUGAUUCUGAAAGCCAUGCGGCGGCCAGAGACCGUGGCUGCUCUGAAACGUACACUGGAAUCCCUGAUGGACCGAGGAGCCAUAGUGAGGAACCUGGAAAGCCUUGGCGAGCGCGUGCUGCCUUACAAGAUCUCCAGCCAUGGCCAGCGGCACAGCAAAGGCGGGUAUUUCCUGGUGGAUUUUUAUGCCCCCACAAGUGCUGUGGACAGCAUACUGGAUCACUUGACUCGAGACGUCGAUGUGGUUAGACCAAAUGUCGUGAAGCACCCUCUGACCCAGGAAGUAAGAGAGUGUGCUGGCAUCAUCCCAGUCCCACUGGAAGAAAAGCUGUAUUCAACAAAGAAGAGGAAGAAAUAAGACGGCUUCCCAGAGUCGCACCAAGGCUGCCGAGGCGUUAUUUGCUUUAGCCCAUGAUCCUCCCGCUGCGGGGGGUGGGAGCCGCUCGCCAAGGCCUGCCCUGCCGUCUCCAGUGCCUGCAGACCGAUGUUGGGUCCGUCGGCCUCGUGUGAUUGUCAGUGAGGUUUUACCACUGCAGCAUUUGGGAGAGCAAAUUGUCAGCUUGGUUGUCUUGCAGAACUGUGUGGAAAACAGAGCAGAGUAAUAAACGUGACUUCACCA